AUGACAGCUGCACUCUUCACACCCAUCAAAGUGGGGCACAUGAAUCUCAGCCACCGCAUCAUCCUCUCCCCCCUCACUCGUUGUCGCACCUACGCCAACCACGUCCCUGGGCCCCACGCAGCCACUUAUUACUCGCAACGCGCCUCUGUCCCCGGAACCCUCGUCAUCACUGAGGCUACCUUCAUCUCCCCAGCUGCUGGCGGGUGUGAAUUCGUCCCUGGCAUCUGUACACAGGAACAGAUCGCAGGAUGGAAAGAGGUCACAGAUGCCGUGCAUGAGAAGGGCAGCUUCAUAUUUUGCCAGCUGUGGGCUCUUGGGAGGGCAGCCUCUGCGGAAGUCCUCGCCAAGGAGUAUGGCGCCCAGGUUGUCUCUGCCUCCCCUAUCCCACUCUCCACCAGCCCUACUCCUGUCCCGCACGCUCUCACUGAGCCAGAGAUCAAGGAAUUCAUCGAAAUGUAUGUUACCGCCGCCAGGAACGCCGUCGCAGCAGGCUUCGAUGGUGUCGAAGUUCAUGGCGCAAACGGGUACCUUGUUGACCAAUUCUUGCAAGAGGUGAGCAAUACUCGGGAGGACGACUGGGGUGGGAGUAACGAGAAGCGAUCGAGGUUCGCGAUCGAGGUCGUGGAUGCGCUUGUGAAAGAACUCGGUGCUGAGAGGGUCAGUAUUAGAUUGAGCCCGUGGAGUCCAUAUCUAGGCACACCACAAUUCUCCUGCCUUGUGCGUCAGCUCAAGAAGUACGACCUCGCCUACCUCCAUGUCUGCGAGCCUGGCAUCGGCGGGAUCGUAGACGCAGACAUACCACAGGGGAGCAGCAACGACUUCCUGCGCGAGAUAUGGUGUGAGGAUGGCAAGAAUGGCGUAUUUAUCAGCGCAGGUGGCCACACACGACAGAAUGCGAUCGACACCGUGGAGAAGAAGGGUGGCAUGGUGGCGUUCGGAAGAUUAUUUAUCCCAAAUCCUGACCUCCCAAUCCGUCUUAAGUACGACCUCCCGCUCGCAAAACCUGACCGCGAAACAUUCUACCUCGUCGGGGAUCUCACGGGGAAAGGGUACACCGAAUUUCCGGUGACAGACGCGCACAUAGAGGUGAAGGCAUGA